AAAGGUCAUCCCCAGUGACGCAAUAGACUGUUUUGAUCAGUGUUCAGGGCGGGACGCAAAAAAACUGCCGAACUUGUUUUGUUUUCCUCCGAUUUUCUACCGAAAUUGGCCGCCUGACAACUCUACUGACGAUGUGAAAGGUGAGCAUACGCACCCAAGAGUGGAACUGAGGGGAGGAAAAUGCCCAGGAGGUUUUAAAUUCUUCAGGAAAGGCGGAAUUUGAAGAUCUAGAAGCCAUCAUGGCGCAGCUGGAGACCAGCUACCGACGUCUGGACUCCUUCUAUGAUGAGGAGAUGGACAGUCCACCUAACGAACGGGAACUACUGGUGCAUGCUGUGGACAGUAACAAGGCUCAUCGUUGGAACCACAUAGAAAACUUGGACGACUUCUUCACAAGAGUGUACCAGUACCACCAGCGACACGGGUUCCUCUGUAUGAUGCUGGCUGAAGUUCUAGAGUUACUGCAAUUCAUCUUCGUCUUGCUUUUCACCACGUUCCUGCUGCAGUGUGUGCAUUACGAGGUUCUGUUCGGGGACAAGAACCCCCACCCUGACAGAAAGGUGACCCUACCAGAAGCCCUGGUGCCGCUGGACCAAUGUGCAAGCAGUUUGGACUCGAGAAUCGUGGUGUGUCUGGUUCUGGCUUCCUUCUUCUGGUUUCUUCGCUUCAUCAAAGUCGUGUACAACUUCUUCCGCUACUGGGAGAUCCGCACCUUCUACACACAGGCUCUCAAGAUUUCACACAAUGACCUCCCCAACAUGACGUGGCACGAGGUGCAGCGCUGCCUCCGACAGGUGCAGGUGGAACAGCAGAUGUGCAUCCACAAACAGGAACUUACAGAACUCGACAUCUACCACAGAAUCCUGCGGUUCAAGAACUACACAGUUGCCAUGGUGAACAAGUCACUGCUGCCGCUCAAGUUCCAGCUGCCAGGCAUGGGGGAACUAGUUUUCCUGACGAAUGGCUUGAAGUACAACUUGGAAAUGAUUCUAUUUUGGGGCCCAUGGUCUCCGUUUGCCAACAACUGGCACCUGAAAGAAGACUACAAGAAAAGCAGCAAGAGACUGGAGCUGGCAAACAAGUUGUCCCGACACAUCCUGUGGGUGGGAGUAGCGAACCUGCUGCUCUGUCCCUUCAUCCUGAUGUGGCAGAUCCUGUACUCAUUCUUCACCUACGCUGAGGUGCUGAAACGCCAGCCGGGCAGCCUCGGAGCUCGCAAAUGGUCCCUCUAUGGACGCCUCUAUCUUCGCCAUUUCAAUGAGCUCGAUCAUGAGCUUAAUGCAAGAUUAACCCGAGCAUACAAGCCUGCAGAGAAAUACAUGAGCUCCUUCAUAUCGCAUGUCAUGACUCUUAUAGCAAGACAUGUGGCAUUCCUGGCGGGUGCUAUCUUUGCCGUGUUGGUGGUUCUGACUAUCUAUGAUGAGGAUGUCCUGACAAUCGAACAUGUCCUGACUAUCACCACUCUCAUGGGUGUCCUUGUGGCUGGGUGUCGGGCCCUGAUACCAGACGAGAACAUGGUGUUCUGCCCUGAGCAGCUGAUGGUGUGCAUCCUGGCACAGAUUCACUACAUGCCUGACCGCUGGAAGGGACAGGCUCACACCUACAGGGUCAGGGACGAGUUCUCACAGCUCUUCCAGUACAAGGCGGUGUUCCUACUAGAAGAGUUACUCAGUCCGAUCAUCACCCCCCUGAUCCUGAUCUUCUCUCUGCGCUCCAAGGCGCUUGACAUCGUCGACUUCUUCAGGAACUUUACUGUAGACGUGGUCGGGGUCGGCGACGUCUGCUCAUUCGCUCAGAUGGACAUCAAACGCCAUGGAAACCCACAGUGGACAGGAGAGAAACAGCAGACAGACGUGUCCCAGUACCACCAGGCCGAGGAUGGCAAGACGGAGCUGUCCCUCAUGCACUUCACGCUCACUAACCCCACCUGGCAGCCGCCCCGGCACUGCAACAAGUUCAUCAACCACCUCAAGGAACAAGCCCACAAAGAUGUAAACAUGCUGAACAGUGCAGUCAUGGUGGACAACCCGUUCUUCCAGUCACUACAGUCUCUGUCAUCAGCAGGGUACCCGAGUAUGAUGACGAGUCUGAUGGUGGGUAGGCUGGGUCCAGACGCCACGCUGGUCCCACCACGUGACCCUGGUACCGGCACGGAGCCCUCGCAGCCUGGCGUAGCUCUCCCCGGUACAACCGCGCCGGGGCGGUAUGGACUGGUCAGAGGGGACAUCAGCAGUGUGGAGGGGCCCAUUCAGGCUCCAAAUACUGGGCUGCUGGGCAGUUCUACCAUGGCCCCACGGGGUACGGCCAGUAUAAGUCACACCCUCCCCCCCACCCCCGAACCAGUCAGUCUACAGGAGACGAUGGCUCCCACAGAACUCAUGGCUGCAGAGAUGAGCUUCAGCGCCCUGUACAUGCACCAGCUCCACCAGACCCAGACCCACCAUGACCACCAGGACCAGGAGGCUCAGAGGGCCUGGAGACAGCCGCUGCCCCCGGCUUUCUAUGGUACAACCAUGCCGGCCAACCAGCAAAGACCCAGUCCGGGUAGUGUAGAAGACAGUAGGACAUCAGAGCCAGGCCAGUGGCACAGUGUUGGCUCCACAACCAUGCCUGGCAUCGACGAAGCUCCAUCUGAGGAAACUGACACACUCAGCUAUUCUCCACCCAAUGUGUGACAUGCAAGUCAACUCAACAGCAACAAGAGACGAGAGAGACCCAACAUGCGGCAACUAUUGUAGAGGCCAACAUUGCAACAGAUACAGUCAUUUUAUGUGAUGUGCCCAAAUCAUGGCGACAAAAUAAGUUAAUUUUCAACCUGCCAAGUCUUGUUCCCAUGGAAACAGCAGAUCUAAGUAUGUGGAUCGUCAUUUUGUCAUCCUGUUGCCAAUUGGACAACAUUUGAAAUCUAGUGGCCAAUCGGAGCAAUCCUUUCAUCUCCCAUCAUGUUUGGUUUUGGUACGCAGUCUCUGAUUGGUGGAAAAUAUGAUUAUUGUAUUUUAAUCAGAGGACUGCUGUACAAAAUUAGUGAGUUGCCAUGGCAACCAUUGUACAAAAUAAUGACAAAAAAACACCAAGGGCUGCUGGAUGCACAAUCCGCCGCAGGAAACCAUAAAAACAUCGUAAUUUGCCAUGUUUACCUCUCGUUGUUUACAAUGUGGUAGACCAGGUCACUUUUAGUGUUGGAAAGGCAAAAAACAAACUAAGAAUCGCAAGUUAAAGAUCUUCAUAAUGAUACUUCACAACAGAAAUAACCAUAAUAUGCUAAUCUCCAAGCAGAUCUUUCAGUGGCAAGACAGUAUCCAUUGACCAGAGGAGUGUCCAUUGUUGGGAAAUGGAUACAGGAUGGCCAAUGGAUAUGGUCUUUUGCCACCCAACCGAAAGAUCUGCUUGGAGAUUAUAAUAUGCAGGGACACAGAUUGCUGUCCCAAAUAAUAUCGAACUUCAAAUUCACAGUUUGUAUCAGACUGAAAUUUACAUGUAAAACUUCCAGCUUCCAACUCACGAUAAAGACUUUUCAUCUUAGAAGUGACUUGUGUUUGAAGAACUGUUGUGAAUGUGUUUUUGUCUGAUGUAUUAAAAAUCAGGGAUCCUGUCUUGCUCUUACUGUAACAAAAGGACAUUGUUCAAAGUACAUUGUAGCAGGUAUACGUAGUCAAGAUAGACAGUAGAAAAUAGUCUAGCUUUUGUACACAUUGUAUUGUAGGUAUCUUGAUAGUGGAGUGUGUGAUCUAUACUGUAUGCAUGGCACAGAUUUCUGUCGAUUGCAAAUGAACCGAUUUUCUUUUGUUCCGAAGUUACAAUGUAGAAUCAGUUACUUGUACCGAGAUUUUAUUGGGGGAAAUGUAAUGAAGAUUAUGGUUGUGAUCUAUACCAUAAUUGGCAUGGAAGAGCGAACAUGUGUGUGUAUCGGUGAAAAACAGUAAACCUAUGGCCAACAUUGGAAGGUUUUCUUUUGUUAUGUACUAGUCGAGUACUUCAAGGCUAGAAUCUGUUACUUGUACCAAGAUUGUAUGCAUUUUUAUCAGGUAUACUUGA